AUGCCCACCACCUUCUGUCUCGUAAAUGUGGACUAUUGGCCACCAAUGAUCUCGUACAUUGCUACUAGGUAUGGAAUUAUUUUAGUGCUACAAGUGAUGGGAUUUUACUCUAAGGUUUGGAAUAGUAAAUUUAAACCCAUUGACUGCGAUGAAGUUACAUAUACAAAAAGAGAAAUUUUCUGGGGAGUGUUGGGCUUAUUGCUGUUAGUAGCAUGUGCUGUAGCACCUGAAUUAUUUUUCAUUAUAGGUGGUGUUGCUAUUGGCACUAUAAUCUCAUAUGGUUUUGUCAAGCUUGUUUCCUUCAUCACCUCAAAGGUAUCAACAACUGGCCUCAUAGUUUUUGGCAACUGUCUCGUCGCAGCAGUGGUUCUCUUGCGAGCAUAUUAUACACCCUAUCUUCUGGGAGGUACUCCCAUUACUGAAUACUUCCAAAACAAAGGCUCGGACAUUUCUCAGUAUGAGAAGUUUUUUGCCGAUCUCGAUGUUGACAUUUCAAGAGUGUUUGUUGUAGAUGGUAUGCUUUCUGACAAUGCAGCCAGCAAUGCUAUUCCAUUCAAGUCCAUGAUGAGCAUUAUAAUCGGCAAGGGCACUAUCCAGAACAACAGCUUUGAAGCAGUCAAGGCUUUGCUGUUGCACGAGAUAGGACAUGCAAGACACUUUGAUCUUUUAUCCAUCUUCGUUGCACCCUACAUUAUUGCAUCCCUAGCAAUGUGCUUUCUGGUGAAGAAUAUUAAGAAGGAUGAGAACAAGUCUGCACUAAAGCAUUACGUGACGGUGAGCGCUCAGAUCGCAUUAUUUUUCCUCAUCGCCACUCUGGCUGGCAAUUUCAUUGCAAAUAUCUGCGAGUUUAAUGCAGACAGGUUUGCAUGCUCAUAUGCAGAAUCAUGUGCCGAUCUAUCUCAAGGUGUUUUAGAAAUAACUAAGAAUAACAAAGCCCUAACAUACUACUACCCACCAUUCUCAUUACUGUUCGACCAUCCCUCUAACUUCCACAGGAUGAGGCAGAACAACUACAUGGUCAACGGAAGCGUAGAAAUGACGCCUGCGCUAGAUGGCUGUCCCUUCUAG